AUGAACCCAAUGUCACGGUUCAUGGGUAUGAAAGUUGGCUAUCAGUCUCUGCUCGGCCAUUCUGCGUCGUUGUGUACCUCGGAGUCCGCCUUUGGGGCUGUUUACCGGAGAUCGGAGACUGAAUACUCUCCCGAUGUACACAAAGACUGUGUCGGCUCUCUGGCCGAGGGGCAGCGCAGGAGGAAGCGGACAGUGUUCAGCAAGUGCCAGCUUACAGCCCUGGAACAGGCGUUCAUGCUGAGCCCUUACCCUGACAUCGACAGGAGGGAGAGUUUAGCUACAAUCACUGGGCUGCCAGAGCCUAAGGUCCAGGUCUGGUUUCAGAACCGUCGAGCUCGAUGCACCAAACAGCAGAAGGUGGUGUGGAAUCGCCAACUGUCAGAUCCUUGUCUACAGUCAGACGGUCAGUUUACAGCUGCUGGUACAAACACUCAACCAAACCGAGCCACCCUCUGCAUCAACCCCGUUCUGGGGAGAUCCAGCAAGAACAGCUCCCCACUGCAGCAGCAACAGUCCUGUGCAGCCACUGUCUCCCCCAGCUCCCUGGACCAGUGUCUGUGGGAGACUAGUUCAGAUUUCAGUAUCCUGCGUCAGCCAGCAGCCUGCCACAUUUCCAGAAACAAUGCCAGUCAGCUCACUCCCAGCCUCAGGUUCAGGGAUAAAGGGGACACUGUGACUGUCUCCAGAAACUGUGCUGCUGAUUCUGUGCAGUUCUCAGUAUCUGACCAAGUGAUGCCAAUGCUAAAGCCAGGCCCUGCAGAGCAACAGGAAGCAGGAAUAUACACCUCCCUCCGCUUGACCUCUGACCUCAUCUACAAUGCUGCAAUUGUCACCAAUGUGUAAUCUCCAAAGUCCUAAAUCCUGAAGGAACCACACAGCAAUUUUCAACUGCCGAAGACUGCACAUCAUGUAGUGUAAACCAACACACCCAGUCUCUUGAUGCAGAUACACUGUGACACACCACAGGCCUUAGGACUCCCUCACUGCCUUUCCAGGCACCACUGACAAACAUCCUGAAGGAGGGACUCUGGCUCAUUUUCCAUCAGCAUGUUCCUAACUCAACUCUCCUGCACUGCACAUCAGCAACUCACAGGAACAAGUGUACCGUUCCGCCAGCCCCAUAACAUCUGACAGUACACUCAAUGUGACAUAUGAGGUCCUGUACCUUCCUCACUACCACUCUCCUCACAGCUCUGCUCUGGAAUUGAAGCUGGUCAGGGGUAGGAAACCCUUCAUCAAUGGAAAUGUGACAACUGGCCUUGACCCUGUCCAAAUCUGGCACUCACUUUCGACAGAGGUCACCGGACAGUGGUUUGAAACUGGGGCGUGGUAGUGGAUGGGUCGAAGGACAGUGGUCAAUGGGCAGGGAGCUGAUUCCCCAGAUUGUAUUG